AUGGAGGAGUGCGUUUGCCUCUGUGGUGUGGGCUCUUCGAGGGGAUGUCGGUGUCCUCAGAAGUGCCAGGGCUCAGCUGAGAGGGCAGCGGCUGAAGGCAAGCCAGUCCUGGCAGAAAAGCACCUCGAGGCUGACGCAGCAGCGCGGUGCUGUGCGGGGAGUGGAGGAAUUGCAAGUCCCAAGUCGCCCCCGCACUGCUUGCUGCAGGACCUGCCGGUGGAGAUACUGGUGGAGAUCUUCGCCUCGCUCCCCGGCACCGACCUGCCCAGCCUGGCCCAGAACCUGGAGAUGAUGGGUAUGUCUUACCGAGAAGUCUAUGCGAAGCUGUUCCCAUACAGAAACAUUUUGGGUUUGUGGCAGCUAGAUACUGAGGACUAUAGAACAAUAGUGAAUGUAGUGGUGGACGGUUUAUGCAUUACUGGUUGGAGGUACAAGCCUUCCCUUAACACCCAUGUGGAUGACCCAAUGCAAUUCGAGCCCUCGUUUAGAAUUCGCCUGAGGGAGAGGAAACCAGCCACGGUGGAGUGCAUGGACGACAUGUACUGCUUUUCCAACAGCCGCCACAUGCAGAUUCAGAAGAACAGGUUCAGCAUCCAGUGGAUCAAGAGAGACCACCAAAAGGAUUUAACAACGUGGCUUAGGAAAGAAUGGCGGCUGGUGCUGGAGGACAGACUGCUGUCUGACUGGCUGACCUACCGCCGCCUCUAUCUCCCGCCGAGCCACCCGGACGACCUCAUCAGGCCAGGCCUCUUCCAUGGCAAAUACGAUGGCUUCGGCCCAAUGAUUGCCAUGCUCAGCUUCCAUGGGAAGUAUGCCAGGGUCACCAAGAUCACAGGAGACUCCAUGGGGACAUUAGAGAUCCACCUCAGGCGCCGCAUCCAGCUGCGAGAUGGCGAGAUCUUCCGCAACUUCAACGAGCUCUCCCAUGUGGUCCAGGAGAUUGACGAGCAGGUGAUCUGGGAGCAGCAGCAGCUGCAAGAAGACGUGACUGAGGAAAGCGAGGGCCAUGGCUGGCAGAGCCCUGCCCAGCCCAGCGUCGGGGAGUCUGGGACUGCAGCUUCGGAGGAGCAGACUGUCCCGUUUGUUCUGCCUGUGGGCGGGCGCUCAAGAGACCAGAACUACCCCCGAACCUGCAAGAUGUGUUUCUAUGGCGUUUACAUUGGUCCCUUAGCUCCCUUCGGCUACCCCAGGCGCUACCCUGGAGUCUUCAUCCUGUUGGAUGAGAACCACUUCGAGUUCAUCUGGCUGGAGAAGAAAUACUUCAUCCUGUUCGGCAGAGUCCAGAACACCUUCCAGAAUGUGGAGGCACCAUCCCCGCAGACCUUACUGGAGAUGCUCUCGACAUUAAGUCCAGACCCCUUGGUAGGAGCAGCUUGCAUGCACUUUGAAGAUUUGACCUUCUGA